AGCCCUUCUGGCACAGGUUGCCCUGUGUCACGGGCUUUCCAGGCGCUGCCGCCCCGCCCCACCCCCGCCCUCUUCUGCGAUGGUCGUCGCUGCCCGGCUGGAUUUCGUCCUUGGCAUGGUCGAGACCGGUGCUCAGGUGAUGUUCUCCUACCUCCCCAAUGCGGACUCCGGCAAGUUGAAGGUAAAGAUUCUCAUCCGCGAGACCGGGCAGCCCCCAUGCGUGUUGUUCACGACCCACGGUGUUGAGCAAGUGCAGUUCUUACGCCAACUCGUUUCUUCAUUUUCGGUGGUCGAUCGUGGACACAAGCACACAGACGGGACCAUGGAACUUUGCAUGUGGUUCACCCCGCAUAAGUCAGUGCUGCUACGACAUGACGCUGCGGAGUUCACACCAUCGUGCGAAGGUAGGAGCCCCUUCCGUCGUGGGUUGCCUCUUCAUGGCCGUGUGCGGCGUGGCACGCCUCUCCCGAGCAGGGCUCCUUCUCCAAGGUCCAGAUCGUGUUCGUCCGCUCCAGAGGCGGAGGAUAUGCCUUCGGCAGCUGCGGAGGCGGGAGCCUCCUCGACAGCGCACACUUGGGAGAGAAAGAUCAAGGCCGACAAAUGGGUCGAGCACCAGGAGCUGCUGCUAGCCCGAGCCGUGGCCAUGUUUCAGUAUGAGUGCGCCCAGAUAGCCGAGAAGGAGGGCGUGUCCCAGGCGACGGUCUCCUUUGAGGUGCUGUCCAGGGCGAUCGAGAAGUUCCCGAAGAAAGUGCUGAAGGACUCCUGCUAUUUCGUCGAGUCCUUUGGCAAUGAGGUCCCGGAGGAAAGCUGGAUCUAUGCAGUUCGCGGGUUGGAGGCCAUAUGGACCCCUGGAGAGCCGAUUCCAUACCAGGAGGUAUUGCAUAGCAUGUUCUUGCCAUUCGUAGCCAAGAUCCAGAUGCUAGGGUACAGUAGUUGCAAGCACAUCGCAGGCACUUGGAAAUUGACAGUAACUUGGUAGCCUGGAGUGCCGAGUGUCAGCCUCAAGUGUGAGGGCCGCCUGAUAGCAGCUGUCCAGUCGGCGCGUUGCGUUUGGUUUCGGCGCUGGUCGCUUGCUGGACGUGGCUCGUUUUUCUGGCUCCUGGCCCGCGGCCUGGCCCUUGGGGGCCUCUUGUCCUGGGGUGUCGUGGUGGUCCAGUGCCUGUGCUCCCCCCUUGCGGCCUCCCUUUCUCCCUGUCUUCUUUCUUCCUCCCUUUGCGUCUCCCCUCUUGGGGGGGUGCUUUGGCGCUGGGCCCUUGCUCUUUUGGUUUCGGGGGCUCCGGGGACCCUCGUCGCCACGUCUCUUUCCUGCCUAGUCUCUCAUCCGCAUCCGCAUGGGACCCAGACUAUGUCCCUUAGAGCCGAGCGAGCGAGCGAGCGAGCGAG